AGAAACUCUUAGAAGCGGUUCAAUUUUAAAUCACGAUAAUCAAGCACAAUAUGCUGCUUUUUGUUACUUUACUCGCCAUUGUCGGCGCCACGUAUGCCCAGCAUCCCUCCGGAAAUCUCAAAGUAUUUGACUAUACAAGUUGUUACUGUUGGAGAUAUGAAGUAUUCUGCAGAACUGAGGAUUCAGACUGGCAGUGGGCUAAGGACGAGUGUGAAAGCAUGGGUGGUUGGAUAGCAACUAUCGACAAGAAGAAGACUCAUCAAGAAAUACGAAAACUGAUUCGGGCACAAGCAGACAAUAAGGUUUGCAGUAACUAUGGAUUCUGGAUCGGUCUACAUGAUGCUCGUGACCCUAAAACAUCGCGACAUAAGCAACAGCCAGGAUUGUUGUCGUGGGUACAUGAACAGUGCCACUAUUUCGAGGUCUGGGAAAAGAAUCAACCCAAUGACAACGAUACACAGGGUAGCGCAGGACAGAAUUGCGUUCAGUUGUGGUACAGACCAGGCAAAAAAGGCAACUAUGACGAUGAAUAUUGCGGUGAACCUAAGGGAUACGUCUGUCAGUUUCAGGAAGAAUGUCCAUGUAUCAAUCAAGUCUUGGAGUAAAGUGUGGAAAAUCUUGCGACAAACAACCCAAACUCGUUGAAUGUUUCCCCAUGACAAUAGUACGAAAGAAGUAUUACAGCGUUUAUCCAAUAUAUGAUGCAUGACUAUGAAUAUAUCUAUGUGAAGGGAAUUUGUAUAAGUGUAACAACAUAUUGACACGUGUUUUGGGUUGACUUGAAUGGUAAUAAAGAAGAAUAUACUGACAAU